AUGCGUAAUCAAAUCAUUGCCAUUCUUGUUUCUCUUCUUCUCUGUGGUACUCUUUUGAUUUCGGCUAAUCCUGCUGCAUCUGUUCAAGAUCAACGUCGUGCUAUAUCAUUUCCAAAUAAAUUUCCAUUAUCCAAUCCAUUCUGUAUUCCAAUGUUAUGCUUCGCUCCAUGCAUGUGCGGUAGUCAACCUGAUUUUCGCGGAUGUGAAAGUUGCAGUUGUCUUCCAUGUGAUGGUAGUUCAUGGCCAUUUUAUUAA